AUGGCGGAUGAGAAGCUGGAUAUUAUUGGCCGGGAGUUUUAUCCUGAGGCUAUAGAUGAAAUUCGAGAUCGUGAAUACCCGUCAUUGCGAGACACCACAUAUCUCGAUCAUGCUGGCACCGCUUUAUAUGCCAGAUCUCUGGUUGAAAACUAUUCUCGCGAUCUGACUGAGAACCUUUUUGGCAAUCCGCAUUCGGCAUCGGCGUCUUCUCAGCUGACUUCCAGCCGUAUCGAAGACAUCAGAUUGCAAGCUUUACGAUUUUUCAAUGCCGACCCAGAUGUAUAUGACCUUGUCUUUGUCCCCAACGCAACGGCGGGCAUCAAGUUAGUGGCAGACACUCUACGAGAUUUCUUAGCUGGUAGCGGUCAGCGCGGAUUCUGGUACGGCUAUCAUGUUGAUUCUCAUACCAGCCUGGUGGGAGUGAGAGAACUUGCGGAUCUGGGCAAUCAUUGCUUCACAACGGACGAUGAGGUUCGACAAUGGGUCAACAAUGAACCUAGCUUUAAGGACAACGAUGACACCAAGCUCUUUGCGUACCCUGCGCAGUCAAACAUGAAUGGCCGCCGACUUCCUCUACGAUGGUGCGAUCAAAUUCGAAACCUCCGAGGACAAACCACUUUCACGCUACUAGAUGCCGCGAGUCUUGUCUCGACUGCGCCAUUGGACCUUAGCGACCCCCGCAUCUGCCCGGACUUCACUGUUGUCAGCUUUUACAAGAUCUUUGGUUUCCCUGAUCUCGGGGCUCUCAUUGUCCGAAAAGAAUCGGGGCAUAUAUUUAAGCAUCGAAAGUUUUUCGGAGGAGGAACCGUGGAUAUGGUGACUGUUGGUCACCAGUGGCAUGCUAAGAAGCAAACAUCUAUUCAUGAACAGCUUGAAGACGGAACCCUUCCGUUCCACAAUAUAAUAGCGCUGGACUCGGCGUUGCGUGUACACAACCGCUUAUAUGGGUCAAUGUCCAACAUCUCAGCUCAUACCAGUUUUCUAUCUCAGCAACUAUAUAAUCGACUCUCAUUGAUUAAACACGCGAAUGGGAUGCCUGUGUGCAACUUUUACAUGUCGGGCUGUUCAUAUGAGGAUCCGACCAGCCAAGGUCCAAUACUUGCGCUCAAUCUCUUGGAUAGCAAUGGUGGCUGGUUGGGCAAGUCUGAAAUUGAGAAGCUCGCUUCUGUCAAGGCUAUUCAUAUACGAUCCGGCACCCUUUGCAAUCCUGGUGGUACAGCAAGUCUACUUGGUUUGAGCCACGAGGAAAUGGAAGCAAACUACACCGCUGGCCAGCGAUGCGGUGAUGAACACGACAUCAUGCAAGGCAAGCCAACUGGAGCGUUGCGCUUAAGUCUCGGAGCCAUGACUAGCUCUCGAGACAUUGAUCGUUUUGUAGCGUUCAUUGCGGAGUUUUACGCUGAACGGGCUCCUCUUUCUCCGCCUAUGGACCUGUCUAUGAUCAAAUUAGCAGAAACUAACCGGUUCUACGUGGAGAGUCUCUGCGUAUAUCCUAUAAAGAGCUGCUCGGGCUUCCCUGUGCCACCAGGAGUGACCUGGCAAGUGCAUCCUGAAGGGCUUGAAUGGGACCGUGAAUGGUGCAUCGUCCACCAAGGCACGGGUGCUGCCCUGAGUCAGAAAAGAUACCCUCGCAUGGCAUUAAUCAAGCCCAUUUUGGACCUUGGCAGGGGAUUUCUCCGCAUUACCGGUGAAUUCACCACGGGGAGACGCCAGCUGGAUAUCUCCUUACGCAGGAAUGAUGCACAACUAGUCCCUGCUGAGAUAGGGAAUUGUCAGAGCUCCUCCUCUGUGCGAAAGUCGUCUUUGGUCUGUGGUGACCGAGUCAUCAUUCAGGUCUACUCGUCUGCAGAAGUAUCUUCCUUUUUCUCUGACCUACUUGGAGUUCCUUGUACAUUAGCUCGAUUUCCCCCACAGAGUUACUCGCGACAUGCGAGGACCUCUCUACCUCCUUCUCAACAUCCUAUAUCACGAAACCAAAUGCCCGGCUCCUUCCCGCUAGAAACCAGCCAGCGAGCUACGAAUAAUUAUUCUCGAGCGAACCAAGGCAAAUCGAACCCUAUCCUCCUUUCCAAUGAGAGCCCCAUUCUCCUCAUCUCGCGGUCAUCCGUGAACAGAUUGAACGAACAAAUCAAAGAAAGCUCCAUUGCAGCCACAGGCUUAUCAGCCACGAAUAAUGGCUAUCCCAUGGCCGUGGCCGCCAACGUGUUUCGCGCAAACAUUGUCGUCGCCGAAAACCUUCCACAUUCCUCCACUUCCACAAUGCCAUAUCCUUCAUUUUCACCAUGCUUUGAGCAACCAUACGUCGAAGAUACCUGGUCGUCUUUCACGGUUGGGGCGCAAAAUCUGCGAUUCGACAUCCUCGGCUCCUGCCAGCGGUGUCAGAUGGUAUGCGUCGAUCAACUGACUGCCGAAAGACGUGAGGAGCCUCUGUCGACUUUGGCAAAGACGAGACGGGUUGGCGGGAAGAUCUUUUUUGGUAGACAUGCUGGAUUAUCAGCGUUGGAAGAUGAUACAAAUGAGACUACGAAUGAAAGAGUCAAUGACAGGACGGACCGGUUCAUUAUGGUUGGAGAUAUUGUUAUACCCUCUUUUGAUAUCAUAGACUGA